AUGGACCGGCAUAAGAUCGUCGCAGCAGCUGCUGGGAUGGCUGUGGGCUGCGGAACUGUAUGGGCAACGUAUUUUGGUGAGGAGAACCGAUCAGGAGGCGGGCAGAACGCCUAUCUGACCUCCAACAGUGAGACAAAGGAAACAGCUGCUAGGCUAGCAUCAGGGCUGCCUGGGCCUGUGCUUGCGGAUCUAAUCACUGCGAAGAAAGAUGCCGCUCUCGCUAAAAUGCUGCCGAAAUUCGACAUUGUCCUGUCGCCUGCGAAUUCCUCUGGCGGAGGUCCCGUCGUCGGUGGUAUCGCUGGUGUUGGCGGUGCUGCUGGGAUGAAGCGGAAAAAGGGCGGAAAAAAAACGGGCGGAAAUUCGUUUCUGGAUGAAGCAGAGGAGGUGGAGUCAUGGGAUGCGGAGAUUCCUGCGUUGAUGACUAUGGAUGAGAUGCAGCAGCACGUGGAAGCUGCUAGCAGGGUGGCAGUGUCGCCGUCUUUCUCUGAGGAGGCAUGCAGUGCGCUGCAUGCUUAUUACCUUGUGAUUCGCCGGGCCAAGAUGGACCAGGAUGUUGGGGACGUUACGUUGCUGACUCUGGAGAGCCUCAUUCGAGUUGCCAUUGCAUGCGCCAAGCUAUGCAUGAGGCAGAGUGUGGUGAAGUACCCAGACUUGCUGGUCGCUAUUCUGCUAUCUGAACACACCUUCAUGGCACAGCAUGGGUUCCCCCUUGUGCCUUCGCUAGCAUCCAAGCUGCGCCACCAGCCACUGGAUGUGGUGCUGGAGGCCUUUCAGAGUGACCUGGAGCAUGUCAUGCCUCACAUGGACACGGAGGAAUGA